CGUCUAUUUCCACAACCCCCAACCACAACCUCGCGCCUCACUGAAUUGCCAGAAAGUCAACUCCAUCCACCAAGCCACCCAUGAUGGAUGCGCUUCAGUCUCUCUAUCAUUACAGCGCAGAUUGGCUGUGUGUCUUCUUUCACCCACUCAUCAACUACAUAUCCACCAUCCUCCUCCACUUCGAGCUUCCCCCCGACUCCAAUCAACGCCUCCGCGACCGAAUCAUCAACUCUCUGAAAGAGAUAAACGUCCAUCGCUCGGUCACACUCACCAUCUCCGCCAUCCUCCUCACAGCCUCACUUCUCAUUUACACAAGCUUCGUUUUAUACCGCUGGCUACGAUCUCCGGCUGUCGACGACGUGGACCCAUGGCUCGAAGAACUGAAGCACAUUUACGGCUACGUGCCACCAGACCACUCUGACCUAAACUUAAACAACCUCACCACUCCUCCCGAAUCUCGGCAAAAUGGGCAAAGCAGCAACGGUAUCUUCUCCUCCGGGUGGGGCAGGGUGAUGAAUACGCCUCCCUUCGCACGCGGAAUGCGCGCACCGCCCCCAGGUCCUAACUUCGGGCGCUUCUUCAGUAGAAACACGAGAGAUACGAAGGAACACGGCAGUGAGGAUGAUGAAGAGGUCCCAAGUCGCUCCACAAAGGGUCGAGAGUCCCGCGAGGCUUCCUCAUCUCCAUUACCUUCCGCUACAGCUGCGUACGUCCGCGCGCCCUUGACACAGAACCUGCUCUUGCCUGAGCUUCCACCUUUCUCGCAAUUCGGCUCGGAUGGCAAAGCCUAUACCCGCACACCGACCGCAGCGACUCAACGCCACGAACUCCACAACCGAAGCCAAAUCCAACACACUCCAACCAGCAACCCAAUGGCCCGCGCCCGUCCGUCCCCUACCAACUACCCAUCCUCGAACCUCCCAACCCCCAAUUCUCACUACCAUCCGGCCCAACCCCAUACCUCCGGCAACAAUCUCAAUCCCACUUCCACUCCCAGUCCCAACUUCCUGCACCUCUCCAUCACCGCUCCGACAAGCUUCUGCACCCUCCUGCGCGUCGGCUUCAUCGACUCGGCAGGGAAUCUGACGGCGCUGGGGAGGACAAGGGAUGCGAAGAAGAGGAUCAGGGAAAUGGGGACUGGGUUUGGGUAUCGACGGACGGUGAGGGUGGGGAGGAGUUGGUUGGAGAGGACGAGGGGGACGGUGAGUCCGGGGGUGGGUGGUGGGGAGGGUAUGGGCGAGGAAGGCACUAAGGAGAAGAUGGAGGGGGAGGUAUUGGAGAGUGUGGAGGAGGUGGAUGCCGAGGAUGAGGAAGGUGAUAUGGGCGCGAUGGAGGAGGAUGUGCUGGAGAGUAUUGAGGUGGAUGAGGAGUGGGAUAUGGAGGAGGUGGACGAAAUGGAGGAGAUGGAGGAGAUGGAGGAGAUGGAGGAGAUGGAGGAGAUGGAGGAGAUGGAGGAGAUGGAGGAGAUGGACGAGGAUGUGGUGGAGAGCAUUGAGGCGGAUGGGUACUAUUAGGAGGAUUGUUGGGUGUGGAAGUGAAGUGGUAAAUGAAGGAAAGAAGGAGUAGAGAGAAGCCGAAUUCCGAGGAAAGAAAAGCACUAACGGACUGGAAAUGAUGACGGCGCUUGCCUUUGAAACCAUGGGAAUUACGUCGGAAGCGUAUCACACCCUGUCUUUUCCCGUUCGAGGCCAACAUCGCCAGAAAAAGAGACGUACCAACCAUCCCCCAUACAACCAAAUAUCAGAGCAACAGCUCCCACCAUAAAUGAACACAAACCCCCAUUAUCUCCCCG